AUGUGUGAUGCAAAAUAUGGCAUUGUUAAUACUAUGUCUAAUACGAAUUCUAUUGUAGAUAAAAUUGAUGCAACUGCACUUGCACUUUCUUCUAUUAGUAUAUGCCUUAAUCCAAUUUUAUUAUUAUACAUAUUUGAUGUCAGCAUUGGAACACAUUUUCUCGGUAUAUUGAUCAUGUUACAAAUGACAUUUGAAUGGCUUGCUUCAGUUACUGGUAUGUUUUAUGCAUUUUGUCCAAGCAUCAAAACUGAUCAAUUAUGGCUACGACUUAUUGUAUGUCAUAUGUGGACAAGUACAUUUAUGUACAAUUUAUUCAUUAUGUUUAGUAAAUAUAACUCUAUGUCAAUGUUGAUAGAACGAUGUUUUCACUUAUUCCAUCCAAAUAAAAACAUACUCGAUUAUCCACGAACCAUAUUUGCAUCGUAUUGUUUUGCAAUGGUAUACAUUACAGCAAUCAAUUUGCGAUUUACUGCUGUGGUACAAAUGGAUUCAAAUGGUAUAUGUAGAAUUGUUGGAAAAAAUCAAACUGAUGAAUUUCAUAAUCAACAAUUACUAGUUUUCAGUUAUUUAUGUCUAGUAUUACUAUUGAUACUGCCAGCUAUAGUCAUGACAACAUGUUACCUUUUAAUGUUUAUUCGUUACAUUAAAUUAAAACGUACAAAUAAAAAUUUCAGUGGUUUCAAUUCAUCUAAUCAACAACAUAUUCUAACGUUACUUAUAAUUAUUUGGUCUUUUGAAUCAACAACAGCAAAUAUUUUAGAUAUGGUUGUUUUUUAUUAUUUUCAAAAUUAUCGUUACACUAAUGUAUCAUUGAUUAUUUUUGCUACAACUGAACUUGUACGUAUAUCCUAUUUUGUCAGUCGAACACUUAGUUUAAGUAUUUUCAUUCAACCUAUUCGUGCGAAAUUUAUUGAACAUAUCACAUUUAUUACCGGUUCUUGUUUAAGAAUAAUUAAACGUUAA